AUGGCAUCUGGCCCCGCCUGGAAGUCAGACCUUCGAGGCGACGUGAACAACCUCCAAUAUGGAUCUCUCGAGAAGUCCAAGAUACCAAAGUAUCGCCUGUCCGGUCAUGGACGGGUGAUCGGUCUUGACAGGAGUUUUCGCAUCUCUACACACUCUCAAGAGCACCGCGAAGUCAUCACCGGCAGUUUUGACUUGCCUUCUCGUCGGAAGGACCAGUCUCUCGCUACCGCAAGACUUGGACCAGAACAGCAAAUCACCAGCGCUCAAGAGUCAUUGCAUGACCCCGUUGAAGAACAAUCCAGCUAUGUCGCUUUUGAUCAUCCACGCAAGCGAGUCAAGCUCUCACCUGGGCAUGAUCCACGAUUCUCGAAGGCAUCAGCUUCGACGAGGAUCCAACUGGACGAGGUGCAUAUCCGGCAAAGGAAGUUAACGAAUCAAGUCACCGAUGACCCAGAGGACGUCAAAUCCUGGCUAGAUCUCAUUGACCACCAAGCGCUCGUUGUACGAGGAUCCGACCGCGCUGAUCUCAAACUCACUCGAAGCCAACGGCAAACACUCAUCUCUAUGCGCAUUGCGCUGUAUGAACAAGCCCUUGCAAAAGUCACUCAAGCCACUGCACGCCAGACUCUUGUGGCUGGCUUGAUGAAAGAAGGCAGCCAGAUUUGGGACCACGAGAGGCAAGUAUCUGAAUGGGAGAGAGUACUCAAGACCGGUCCAUCGUUCGAGCUUCGACUGCUGUAUCUCAACUUUCUCAUGAGCGCCUCUCGGAGCUUCUCCUGUGAGCAUGUUCUGGAAGUGAUGUCAGGAUACUUUGGCUUGUACAGGCGCGAGUCUGCUAGCCGCGUACGCGACAGGCAGCUUAUUCAUCUACUCUCCCGUCUAACUAUGUUCUUGAGUCAAGCUGGCUUCCGAGAGCGGGCGUUUGCAAUCUGGCAAGCCAAUCUAGAGCUUGCAUACUACAAGGACGAAAGUCUGAUCGAUCCCAUCACCGAGUUCGAACACUUUUGGGACAGCGAACGUCCACGAAUCGGUGAGGCUGGUGCAAAAGGAUGGACUCGGUCGACCGAUUCUGUGGCACGGACAGAGGAUUUGAGUGCUGAGGCGAUGUCGCAUUCGGGACAAGAUCAGCUUAACGACUACGCAUCGUGGGCCGCAUCGGAAGCGCAAGUUUCCAAUCGUCAAACGCUUCCUGCGCGAACGAGUGAGAAUAGCACAGAUCCAUACCGAGUGAUCUUGUUUGCUGACAUCGAGCCAUACCUGUUCUGUGAUUUCGCACCCGAGGAAGACGAUUUGCUCAACGCCUUUCUGAGGUUUUGCGAGUUACCUCUACACGAUGCUAUCGACGGCGAUAGUGCAAUCGAUACUUUUCUGUGGAAUAAGUCUCCCUUCGCCGACGGCAGUGCACCAAGUGACACCUUCGGGCUCGCGCAAUAUGUCACUCCAGACACGAACGAACGCAUGUCGACGACCGCGGCUUCGCCUGUGCCAAAAGACAACUUGCAACAUACUCCACUAGUGAAGACAGCAGUCGAAGUACUGCAACAGAUUCUGAGCUCUCGGACCGGCGACGAAGAUCUGGCAGACUAUAUUUUGACUUUUGAGUCUUUUGACUCAAGGUUGAACCCAUCAAAAGCCCGGAAACUAGCGAAGAAGUUUCUAAAGCAAUUUCCAUCCUCGAUUCGCCUUUACAACACUUACGCCGAUAUUGAGGCUCGGUCCAAAGGGCUUCGAGCCGCGGAACAGAUAUGGCUCACAGUCUUGUCAAUGCUUGGGCGCGCAAGCGUUGGCCGCAUCCGCGAGCGUCUGUCAAUCCUGAGAUCAUGGGCAUGGCAAUGCACUCUAAACGACCAAAGUGGAAGAGCCCUGCAAGUGCUGAGCAAUGCCCAUUUGACGGCACCAAUCCUUGACGCGACACAGCCCACAUCAGAUCAUCAGCUUCAACAAGCAGAGUCGUUUCUAUGGUCUGAGCUGUCCAGAGCACACGCGAAGCCCGCGCUGGAGGAGCUGGUUCUGAUCGUUCAACUGCUAGCCUUGCUACAGUAUCACUUCAAGGACCGUGAUCUCUCAACCAGCUUACAAGUCUACGAGCAGUGUCUCGCGCUUUCGACAUUCCUGUCAGCGCACCUGCCAGCGACGACCAAGCGAGCACUCGAACAGCUACAUGUCCACCGCAACGAACUCAUUUCACACCAUAUGCGCUCUCCUGGCACGCAAUUCAAGCCAAAGCAGAUCAUAGCCUCCCUCCAAGACUCAUGUCGAGCGUUUCCGCACAACCUGGUCUUCCGCAAACAGUACAACAUCUUCGUCCAAAACCACGGCGGCAUCGAUCGCCUGCGAGCUACCGCCAUGUCUCUGCAGUCCACGAGCGAGAUGACUCUGAUUGACCAUCUGUCCAACGUCCACACAGCAUUGUCUCUUCCAAGCUAUCAGGGCGGAACUGAGCAUGUCAUUCGAGCUGCAUUUCAGCACGCCGUACUCCCGCCAGGAGAGAAAAAUGACGACGUCUCGGCUUCUCGCAGCACGUCGACCAACAUCCGUUCCUGUCCAGCGAUCAACGUUGCCUUCCUAAAAUGGGAGCUGUCACUCCUGAGAGCACUUCCAUCUCACGAAACCACGGUCUCUCGACGCACGAGUCAGCCCUCGGCGAAGCGCGACCAAAAGGUCCGGAACCGACAAGUCCAGAAUGUGAGAAAAGCAUUCCGUGUCGCAGUUGGGAAUUGUCCCUGGGUGAAGGAGAUCUACCUGCUGUACUUUGACGAGGCGCUGCGGGAUGAGAUCUCGGUCAGUGAGUGGGAAGAGGUAUAUGAGAGUAUGCUUGAGCGUGGGUUGAGGAUCUGUGUUGAGCGUUGA